CAGCAAACGAGGCCGCCGCCGUCGCCAACGUCAAGCCCUCAAGACUCCCAACAUGGCCCGUGGACCCAAAAAGCACUUGAAGCGUCUUGCCGCGCCGUCCUCAUGGAUGCUGGACAAGCUCAGCGGGACUUACGCUCCCCGUCCCUCUCCCGGUCCCCACAAGCUCCGCGAAUCCCUCCCCCUCACGAUCUUCCUCCGUAACAGGCUGAAGUACGCGCUCACUGGCAAGGAGGUCACUUCGAUUGUCAAGCAGCGCUUGAUCAAGGUCGACGGCAAGGUCAGGACCGACUCCACCUACCCCGCGGGCUUCAUGGAUGUUAUCUCCAUCGAGAAGUCGGGCGAGCACUUCCGUCUCCUCUACGACGUUAAGGGCCGCUUCACCAUCCACCGCAUCACGCCUGAGGAGGCAACGUACAAGCUGUUGAAGGUCCGCAAGGUUGCGAUCGGCAACAAGGGCGUUCCUUUCGUCACCACCCACGACGGCCGCACCAUCCGUUACCCCGACCCCGCGAUCAAGGUCAACGACACCGUUCGCUUCGACAUUGAGCAGAGCAAGAUCACCGACUUCGUCAAGUUCGACACCGGCAACCUUGCCUUCAUCACCGGUGGCCGUAACAGGGGUCGUGCGGGUGUCAUCGUACACCGCGAGAAGCACGUCGGUGGCUUCGACAUUGUCCACGUGAAGGACUCCCUGGAGAGGACCUUCGCUACCCGUAUCUCGAACAUCUUCGUCAUCGGCGAGGGCACUAAGUCUUGGGUCUCCCUGCCGAAGGGCAAGGGUCUCAAGCUCACCAUCGCGGAGGAGCGCGAUGUCCGGAGGAGACGCGCUGCGGAGUCAUAAACGGGUCUGUAUCGUAUUGCUCCUAUGUUACAUUCAUCACGCCCACGCAUGCCUAUGCGCUCCCCUGUAUGCCACUAGUACGCGACCAAAAUUUUGCAUGCAUGGUUCAUGGAGAGAGAUAUCG